UUUGACAGUUCUCGAGCAAGCCAUCUGGUUCCUUUAAAAUAUGUCUCUCUAAAAAUAGAACACAAUUAAAAUUAUCCCAAAUUAAAAACGAAACAGGAAAAUGAUAGAAAGUGCAUAGAAUUAAAUUAGCAUGCUCGGUAGCAAAUAGAAAGGACAGCAUCAUAACUGACAGCUCCACACGUCUCUUUGUGAUAAGUGAUUGAGAGACCCGGCCAUUCUUUCCACUUCAUUUCUGAAGUGACUGCAAGCAACUUAGGACAUCAUACAAAGAACAACUGGCAGUUCCUCAUUAUUUUCAGGUGCAACAUGAAGCGAGGAUCAAGCCUCCUCUUUUGCUCGCUGGUGCUUCUGCUGAAACUUUGCUGUUACCUUGAAGUGGUUGCUGAAGAAGACCCCCAACAACCACCCAGGGGAGCCUGUGCCAAUUGGAUGUCAGGAGCACCAGGCUACCCAGGCCACAACGGAAUUCCAGGGAGAGAUGGAAGGGAUGGAAAGGAUGGGGAAAAGGGAGAGAAAGGAGAUCAAGGUGUACCAGGCCUCAAAGGGGACAGUGGAAAUUUAGGAUCAACUGGUGUUGCAGGCCCUCAAGGGGCACCAGGAAGCCCAGGAAGCCCAGGACUGAAAGGGGAAAAGGGUGAAAUUUCCUCCAGGUAUCAAUCUGCCUUCAGUGUUGGUCUAACAACCAGAGUCCCUUAUCCCAAUCUUCCGAUCAAGUUUACGAAGAUAUUCUACAAUGAGCAACAUCACUAUGACAUAACGACAGGGAAGUUCCGGUGCGUCAUUCCCGGAGUCUACUAUUUUGCAUAUCAUCUCACCGUGUACGUGGCAGAUGUAAAAGUUAGCUUGUUCAGGAAGGACAAGGCAGUCAUCAUCACUUAUGACCAGUACCAGAAGGACAAUGUUGACCAAGCAUCUGGUUCUGUCUUGCUCCAUCUGGAAACUGGGGAUGAAGUCUGGCUCCAAGUAUAUGGAGAUGAAACAGACAGUGGUAUCUAUGCUGAUAAUGUUAAUGAUUCUACUUUCAUGGGAUUCUUGCUCUACCCAGACUUGGAUAAUGGACAAUAGAAUAUCAGGGGUGAAGGGGGGGAAAUAUCCAAUAAUUGUUUUGGAUUUUCCUUGUAGGCUAAUUAUCAAUGCAAGACAAAAUAAAAAAU